GCAGAAGGCUGAAGUCAUCAAGGGAGUGAAUAGGUCCUGCACGCAAAGCAGAAAAGCGCUGAAACUGCGGAGAUUUACUUUGGUUCAGAUACGGCGAGCAGCAUGAGGAGGUGUCGGUUGUACAUCAAGACCUGCGGAACACUGCUGGGGAAUUACUUUAGUGAUUCCUAACAUUGAUUGAUUUUUUUGUUUUACUUUAUGCCAGUGUGCUUGUGUGUGUGUGUUUGUGUGUGUUUGCUACAGCUGAUGCUGAGCUGAAUAAGCGCGCCUGGCGCAGUAUCCACUCACACUGGGACGCACGGCGCAUCUCCACCAAAGGACAGGAAAGGGUACGCUAAUAUGGAGUUUGGACAAAAGGAUUUAACUUUUCAAGCUUCUUCAGUAUUCCACUAAAGCCUUCUUAGUAUUUUUACAGACAUACUGAUGUGUAACUCCGUUUUUCUGAUUGUGCGCAACAGAUGAAAGUGGAGGGGGGUUUUUAGCGCUUUGUCUUUUUUAAGAAAAUGUUCCCCGUCGCUGAAAGGAUAACGGACCUCUGACGAAGACUGGUUUUCUCAGCACAUAUGUGGACUCUAUCCAGGAUGUUACAGUCUAAACGGCCCAGGCAUCAUUGGGCCACGGUACGGUACAACCACCACAUAACACCACACAGCUGGGCUGCGUCCUGCUGCGUUUAGGAGUUUUUCGCGCUCCAACUUAAAUCUCCUUUAGGCGGGGAAAAACGUUAAAAAACAAAAACAAAACGUGUUUUGGUGAACAUUGACACUGGCUUUAAGAGUCUCAUUUCUGGGCUACUAUGCAAUUACAACUGAUCUCCUUUGUUCUGAUCAUCUGGAACUGCAUGGAUUACACUGGUUGUCAGUCGCACAGCAGCUCCAGGCACCGCCAGCACAAAGCGAUGACCGGUGCGAGCUCAGGGUGCCAGCAAGGUGGCUGCCUGACAUGCUCUGACUACAAUGGCUGUCUGUCCUGCAAGCCUCGUCUCUUCAUGCAUUUGGAGAGGAUUGGGAUGAAGCAGAUCGGGGUGUGCAUGACUUCCUGUCCUCUUGGCUUUUACGGCACUCGAUCCCCAGAGAGAAACACCUGUACAAAGUGCAGAUCAGAGUGUGACUCAUGCUUUAACAAGAACUUCUGCACCCGCUGCCGAGCAGGGUUCUACCUUCACCUGGGCAAGUGCCUGGACAGCUGUCCCGUGGGCAUGGUCCACAAUGACGCACAGAGGGAGUGUGUUCCCAGAUGCUCUGCAGAGUGUGAGCUAUGUGUGAACAGCGACACAUGUACACGUUGUCGGCCAGGCCUUUAUCAGCUGGAGGGAAGUUGCUACCACAUCUGUCCAGAUGACUAUGAGCCCAAUGACAAACUAAUGGAGUGCACAUCGCAAGUGCACUGUGAGGUGGGUGAGUGGAGCGAGUGGAGCCCCUGCUCCAGAUCGGGCAGAACCUGUGGCUUCAGACGAGGCCAGGAGACCCGCACAAGACAGGUCCUGCAGUAUCCAUCUCCUUUUGGCAAUCCCUGCCCUGAGAUCUCUGAGGUCAAAGACUGUCUGGUCAAGAAGAAGAGAUGUCCAGGAGCACAGAGGAAGACCGACCGAAAAGAGAGGAGGAAUCGCAACAACCGCAAAGACAAGGAGAGCCAAGAGGGCCGGAGGGAGAGGAAGAGGGAGCGGGAGCGGAACAGGGACGCGAGUGAAGACUCUGAUAACAGGAACAAAACAGAGCACAGACACCGAAGAGGCCACGACUCACAAACAGUCUCUCCUAAAGACAGCCUUGUGCAAUAAAGCUGGGGACAAACGACGACAUCCUUUGGUUGUCUUCCCAUCCUUCCUGUUCCAUGGCAUCUCCCCCUCACCCAUUAUCUCGCCCCUCUUUGACCCCUCUUUACAGGGGUGUUGCUGCUACUUGUAUGGGUUUAACAGGCCGUUUUUACAUCAGCAUUAUGGGGCACAUUCAUAGACUAUAAAAAAGCCCUUUUGAUCUCAAAAACUGCAUCAUUACCGCUCAAAGUGUCUCAUGUGAAAGCUUUAAGGAACACUGGUGUUGGGAAACUGGGAAUGGUCUGUGACUGCAGAGGACUGUCAUACAGACUGACUAGGAUAGAGACAUAUGUGCUUGUUCAUAUGGUUAUUUAAUGGAGCUUCGGUAUAAUAUUGUGCAUCCUUGGUCCCAAAUGUAGAUUUUAUAGCAUUACAGUGCUUUGCAAAAGUAUUAAUUCCUGCUGAUUAUUGUUUUGCAUUUUAUCCCAUUACAAUCAUAAACUUAAAUGUAUUUUGUAGACAUUUUAUGUCCUACACCAACACACAGUGGUACAUAAGUGUGAAAUGGAAUGAAAAGGAUCCAUUGUUUUCCAUUUUUUUUUCUACAAAUAAAAAUCUGAAUACUGCAAUUUGCAUUUGCAUUCAGGCCCUUUUAAUCUAUUAUGUCUUACUAAAAUCUAGCACAACCAAUCACCUUCAGAGGUCAUCUAUUUUGUAAGUAAACUCCGACUGUGUGUAAUUUAAUCUGAUUACAAUACAACUGUUCUGUGAAGGUUUGUUGGAGAACGUUAGGGAACAAACAGCGUUAUGAAGACCAAGGAACACCGAAGACAGGUCAGGAAUUAAGUUGUAGAAAAGUUUAUAAAAGGGUAUCGCAAGCUUUAAAAAUCAUGUGAUGCACUGUUCAAUUCACCAUUUAAAAAUUGGAAGACUAUGGCACAACUGCAAACCUCCCAAUGGCUAUGCACCUAAAACGGCUGUGCAAGGAGAGCAUCUAUCCAAAAAGCAGCAUAGAGGCCCAUGGUAACUCUGGAGGAGCUGCAGAGAUCCAGGGAUCAGGUGAGAAAUAUGUCAUCUGACAACUCUUAGUCACACAAUAGACAAAUCUGGCCUUGAUGGAUGAGUGGCAAGUAGAUAACCAUGGUUGAAACAAAGCCAUGAGGAGUCCCGUUUAACGCUAACCCUCAGGCAUGUAGCAGACACAGCAGACAUGAUAAAAGGAUGUGGUUGGAUGUGGCCAAGGUUUUAUGCUACAUACAAAAUGCUAUGCCUGGAAAUGAGAGGACAUCAACCCUGAAGACACCAUAUCCUUGAUUAGUCAUUGUGACAGCAUAUGCAUGGACAGGAACAUUGAUCAGACUUGAUGGGAAGAUGGAUGGAGCUAGAUAUAAUGCAGCUGUCUAGGAAAACCUGUUAGCAGACUAGAGACUGGGGCAGAGGCAUUUUUAAACAAAAAUUGAAAACAACCUAUCCUUUACAACAUCCUUCACAAUUACUCACCCCUCAUUGUUCUGUCACAGAAAAUCAGAAUAAAAAAUAUGGACGUUUGUGCUUGUAAUGUGACAAAAUGUGACAAAGUUCAAGGCAUAUGAAUACUUCUGCAAUACACUGUGUGAAGCAGUUUUUUAUUGUUGUGUAGAUCUAUCUGGUGCGAAUUUUGUAAAGAACAAAAUAUGAGUUUUAGCUCUUGCCAGCUUCAUACUGACAGAUGUAGGGAAAGCUGAGUGCUGUGUCAAAAACUGAAAUAUGUACAUGUGUGAUGAAAGCAACGUUUAUGCAGAAAAGUGCUAAAUCUUCUGGAUCUGUUUUUUUUCUCCCCUUUUUUGUGAAUGGAUUCUGUGCUCCAAACAAAACUGCUCAUCAAACAAACCAAAAAAAAAAAAAAAACUGUAUGUAAAAUAAAGCUGUAAUGGUUUCUA